AUGGAAGAAUGUCAGAGUGAACGCAAAUUGUCGGAACUAGACCAGUGGUGUGAAGACUUUUAUAAGAGCACUACUACUCGCAUGGAUAAUGGAAAAUACGUGGUAAGGUUGCCUCUCUUAUCAUAUCUUGAUCCUUCCGUCUGUAUCGGCACAUCUAAACAUGUCGCCCUCAAGAGGUUAUUAUAUCUGGAACGUCGUUUGGUACAAUGUCCUUCACUAAGGCAAAUAUAUCGGGACACCAUCGACGAAUAUCUACAACUCGGUCAAAUGGAACCAGUCAAUGCGGUGGAUCAAAUGCACCAUAACACGAAUAUCAACAAUACAGCUUCCACCCUUUGCUAUCUUCCACACCACCCGGUAGUUAAAGAAUCGUCUUCUACAACCAAGGUACGUAUCGUGUUUGAUGCAUCGGCCAAAACAAACAACGGUCGGUCUCUGAACGACAUUUUAGCUACCGGCCCGGCAUUGCAAACAGACUUAUCAGCUGUGCUAACAAAUUGGCGUUUUUACAAGUACGCAUUUUUAGCAGAUGUGGAAAAGAUGUACCGGGCUAUCAAUGUCCAUAGAAAGGAUGCUCAAUAUCAGCGCAUAUUGUGGCGACAGAGUCCAGACGACCAAAUUAAAGAAUACUAUUGUUCCACCGUUAUGUUCGGGACUAGGUCAGCACCCUUUCUAGCCAUCCGCACCAUACAACAAUUAGCAGAUGAUGAAUCUCGGAAUUUUCCACUUGCUGUCAAUGUCAUCAAACAUCAGAUGUAUGUCGAUGAUGUUUUGUCGGGAGGUGACACAAUCGAAGAAGCACUCGAGGUACAAGCACAAACAAGAGGUAUGCUGAACAAUGGAACAUUUCUGCUUCAUAAGUGGUCCAGUAAUCAUAGCCAGUUGUUAGAGCGCAUUCCUAUUGAACAUCGUGAAAUGAAAGGAUCACUGCAAAUUAAUACCACUGAAACCUUAAAGGCUUUAGGAAUGUUUUGGAAUCCUGCAUCCGAUGAGUUUACCUACGGCAUCAAGUUUGAUAUUCCUAGCGGGCCACCAACUAAACGGAUG